CUUCCUUCCUCCGUGCUUUGAGUUUGGAUUUGGAUUGUCUCUGGGAACAUCUUCAGAGUUCAGAGCCGAGAAGAAGGAUAGAAGCAAAGCUCGCCGUAGCUGAAAUUCUCCAUUUCACCCAUCAAUUUCUCUGCUUUCUGCUCCACCUCAAAGGUCUCCGCCUGUGCGAGCAGCGGUUGCAGCAUCGGGGCUGCAAAUGGCGGCGGUGAGACCCUGCUUGUCUUCUUCAUGCAGAGCUUCCAUGGUCGGUCCAAGAAGGACUUAUGGUACUCGUGUGAAAGGGGCAUUGUGGGAUAAGCUGGCCAACAUUUGUCAUGUAUCAUCAUUGUCAUCGUUUCAGAGGGUGCCGGUGUCAUCCCCCGUUAAAACUACCAGGGUCGCCAUCAGGGCAAUGUCUAGUGAGAGCAAGCCUGCGUCCGGUUUAGCAAUUGAUUUGAGAGGUAAGAGGGCAUUUAUAGCUGGGGUUGCUGAUGAUAAUGGAUAUGGUUGGGCAAUCGCCAAAUCUCUUGCUGCUGCUGGUGCUGAGAUUCUUGUUGGCACAUGGGUUCCUGCUUUGAACAUCUUUGAGACCAGCCUGCGGCGUGGAAAGUUUGACGAGUCGCGUGUGUUGCCAGAUGGCUCUAUGUUGGAGAUUACCAAAAUAUAUCCCUUGGAUGCAGUAUUUGACAAUCCUGAAGACGUACCUGAAGAGAUAAAAGCUAACAAGAGGUAUGCAGGAUCAAGCAAAUGGACAGUUCAGGAAGUUGCAGAAUCUGUAAAGCAAGACUUUGGCAGCAUCGAUAUCCUUGUUCACUCCUUAGCAAACGGGCCAGAGGUGACUAAGCCCCUAUUGGAAACUUCAAGGAAAGGUUAUCUGGCUGCAAUAUCUGCAUCAAGUUACUCCUAUGUUUCAUUACUGAAGCAUUUCAUUCCAAUAUUAAACCCAGGUGGUUCUUCAAUAUCACUUACGUACAUUGCUUCCGAGAAAAUCAUUCCAGGAUAUGGUGGUGGAAUGAGUUCUGCUAAAGCUGCUCUAGAAAGUGAUACCCGGGUACUUGCCUUUGAAGCGGGAAGAAAACGCAGAAUUCGAGUCAACACUAUAUCAGCCGGUCCUCUGAGAAGUCGUGCUGCAAAAGCAAUUGGAUUUAUUGACAUGAUGAUGGACUACUCAUCAGCCAAUGCUCCUCUGCAAAAGGAACUAUCUGCAGAUGAGGUGGGAAACGCUGCCACUUUCUUAGCAUCGCCUUUGGCUUCUGCCAUAACUGGUGCAGUUAUUUAUGUGGACAAUGGCCUUAACGCUAUGGGAGUGGGAGUCGACAGUCCGAUCUUUGCUGAACUCAACAUUCCAAAGGACAGUCACUGAUAAAAAAGGGUAAUAAAUGUAACAGAUGAUUUUAUUUAGGAGUCACCAACUUGUGUUAUAUUUUAUCCAUUCAACAGCAGAGGAUGACUCGAUCGGAGCUCCUCAUUUUGUCCCGAGAGUUUGUGCCCUGUAAAGACGAGAACAGUUGUAGUUGCAUCCCAUGUCCAGGUCGAGAAGUCGAAACUAAUAUUCAAGCUUUGUAUUUAA